AUGGCCGGUGAUAAGCGCAAGCGUAAGCGGUCGAAAAAGAAGGCUAGCUCAGAGCCGGCACCCGAGCCUGUACCGUCUUUUGAGUCCGAUGUCCUGGUGAAAGUCAAUAAAAAGAUUAAAUUCGACGAUGACGCCGCCCCCAUCGCCCCCCAACCAGAGGUUAAAAGUGAUGAUAUUGACGUCAAAUCAACACCCAAUGGCACCGCUACUUCCACGGACCCGAUCCAGCCUGAAACUGAUGCCAUUCCUGUGGAAAGUGAAGCCAUUAACGCGCCGAAACCUACUAAACCAAAGGACGCGAUAAAGCCGCCCCGGAAAAAGCUGGUGGCAUUUUAUGACCACGGUGACGACGACGACGACGACUUCAUCACUAAACCCGUGGCUGACCCCAAACAGCGGGCGCGUGAGCUCCAAAAGGUGAGACACACUUUACCCAUCUACCGCCACCGCCAGGCGAUCACGAGCUAUAUCGACGCCAACCCCGUCACCGUGAUCAUCGGGGAAACCGGGUCGGGUAAGUCGACGCAGAUCCCCCAGUUCUUGCUUGAACAGCACCCGCAAAAGCUCAUAGCGUGUACCCAGCCGAGACGAGUGGCCGCCGCCUCGUUAGCUCAGAGAGUGGCUGAGGAACAUGGGUGUCAUGUCGGCGAGCAAGUAGGGUACCAGGUGCGGUUUCUGAACGUCACCAGCCACAAGACUAAGCUCAAAUACUUGACGGACGGGAUGUUACUCCGAGAGAUCAUGCUCGACGAUAAGCUUCAGAAGUACUCGACCAUCAUCAUCGACGAGGCCCACGAACGUACGGUGUUGACCGAUUUGAUCUUGGGGUUCUUGAAACUGAUGCUUUCCUCGACCAGACCCGAUUUGAAAGUGGUGAUCAUGUCGGCGACGUUGAACGCCGAAUUGUUCUCCCAGUUCUUUGAUAACGCUCCGAUCCUCUUUGUCGAGGGGAAAAUGUACCCCGUGGCCCGAUACUAUUUGAGUGAACCGACGGAGGACGUCGUGGACACCAUGGUGAGAGCCGUAGUGCAGGCUAACCAGUCAGAGCUUGAGGGGGAUAUCCUCUGUUUCCUACCAGGGCAAGAAGAGAUUGAUAACUGUGUGUCAGCAUUGAACCAACUCGCUCCCGAACUACCUAAAGAGGCACCAUUGAUCCAGGCAGUACCGUUAUACGCGGCGUUAUCGCCAGGACAACAGGCGAAGAUUUUCGCCCCCGUGAAACCAAGACAACGGAAAGUGAUUGUGGCCACCAAUAUCGCCGAAACCUCGAUUACCGUCCCCGGUGUUAAAUACGUCAUCGACCUGGGGCUCCGCAAAGUGAAAGUGUGGAAACAUCAAUUGGGGAUAUCUACGCUUUUGACCACCCCCAUCUCGCAAGCUUCUGCUCGUCAGAGAGCCGGGAGAGCCGGGAGAGAAAGUGCCGGUAAAGUGUUUCGCCUUUAUCUGGAGUCGAUGUUUGAGAAACUACCACAACAACAGGAGCUGGAGAUCAUGAGAAAUGACGUCAUCUACCCGAUCUUAACGCUCAAACGAAUGGGGGUGGACGAUCUACUCAAUUGGACGUGGCUUGAACACCCGGGUGAAGAUGCUAUCGUUGCUGCUCUCAAUACCUUAUACAGUUUGGGGGCGUUGAAUGAUAAGGGCCAGGUGACGGAGUUGGGGGUGAAAAUGGCAGUAUUGCCGCUAGCCCCCCAGCUUUCGGUGGUGCUUAUCACGGCUCAUGAGCGGGGAGUGUUGGACGCGGUCAUCGAUAUCAUUUCGUGUCUUUCCGUCGACAAUUUGGUGCUUAACGUCACCGGGGAGAAGCGGGACGAUGUCAACGCGAAGCGGCGGCAAUUUUAUACCCUUGGCCGCCGUCACGGUGAUCUCAUCACGUUUAAAGAGUGGCUCGACUACUUCAGGGAGUUAGGGGACGCUAACGCCCAGAAGGAAUGGUGUAAGGAGCUUCAUUUCAGCUUCAAAGGGUUCAAAAACGUGUUGAAAGUAAAGCAACAAUUGCGCCAGUACAUGAGGGCCCUCACUGACUUAGCCAACGACGACCAUGAUGAUGAGUUCCAGGCGAAACUGUUUGAUGUCGCCGAAGUAUUGAAACUGUUCUUGAAAGGGUACGUCACCAAUACUGCCAUCGGCAUGCCCGACCGGCUGUACCGUACUUUCGCCGCGGGGCAAUUGAUCUCGAUCCACCCGUCGCUGGUGCUUUUCGGCUCGCAAAACGACGCCAUCUUGUAUAUUGAUUACGUGUUUACCACGAAGCCCUACGGGCGGAACGUGCUGCGGAUCGAGCUUGGGUGGCUCCAGGAAGUGGCGCCGCUGCUAUUGGGGAGAGGACAACUGAUAGAAUAA